UUGCCAUUUCCGACGAGCACCUCUUCCCCGUCCUCCUCCCACCUCGCGUGGCACGCCAUGGCCUUCACCCCGCGCUCGCCGUGGUCGCGCGCCAGGAAGCCCGACGUCUACUCAACCUUCGUUUUCCACGGCGAUGACGAAGACGAAGACCCCAGCGGCCGCGGGAGGCCCGCCACCGGUGCGGAGGACGAGGAGGAGGAGGACCCCUCCUCGCUGCCACCGCUCCUCCAGCGCCUCCCCAAGGACUUCGGCGGUGCCUCUUUCGACGACGAUGAGGACCCCUACUCAUCCGACCCAGACGACGCUUCCCUCUCCGCCACCGUCGUCGUCAAGCGUGGCGCUCCGGCCUCCGACCGAUCCCCGUUCCUGGAUCUGCGGCGCUCCAGCACCCGCGCCGCCGAGGAGGACCCCUACUCCACCUUCGUCGUCCACUCCACCACUCGCUCAGGGGUUGCCUCCUCCAGCCCACGCGAGUCCGCCUCCGGCACAUUCAUCCAUCGCUCGGGUGGCUCGUCCAGCCCUCGCGAGUCCAUCUCCGGCACAUUCAUCCGCCGGACGGGUAGCCCGUCGAGCCCCCGCGAUUCCAUCUCCGGCACAUUCAUCCGCCGGACAGGGAGCCCGUCGAGCCCCCACGAGUCGUUCUCUGGCACCUUCAUUCACCACACAAGCGGGGGCUCCAGUUCCCAUGAGGCUGCCUCUGGCGGCGGCGGGGGGUUCGGGUCCUCUUUCUGGAGUCCAGCGGUGGAGCAAUCGUCGGAGGAGCUCCGGCAGCCGUCGCCUCUGAUGCAGCAACAACAACAGCAAAAUUCAAGACGGAAGCCAUCGGUGAGCUCAGUGCCAGACAGCAUUACCAGGGAGGAUCCUUCCACCAAGUACGAGCUGCUCCAUGAGCUCGGGAAAGGUUCAUACGGUGCAGUGUACAAAGCAAGGGAUCUUAGAACGCAGGAACUUGUGGCUGUCAAGAUCAUCUCCUUAACAGAAGGGGAAGAAGGAUAUGAAGACAUACGGGGAGAAAUUGAGAUGCUGCAGCAAUGCAGCCAUCCAAAUGUUGUCCGCUACUUUGGAAGUUAUCAAGGAGAGGAAUACCUAUGGAUAAUUAUGGAAUACUGUGGUGGUGGAAGUGUCGCUGACUUGAUAGGCAUCACAGAGGAGCCUCUUGAUGAAUCCCAGAUAGCUUACAUAUGUAGAGAAGCACUAAAGGGUCUUGCUUACUUGCACUCAAUUUUUAAAGUUCAUAGAGACAUUAAAGGUGGCAACAUUCUUCUAACUGAACAAGGCGAGGUGAAGCUGGGCGAUUUUGGUGUAGCUGCCCAGCUGACAAGAACCAUGUCAAAGCGCAACACGUUCAUUGGUACUCCACAUUGGAUGGCGCCAGAGGUCAUCCAAGAAAGUCGUUAUGAUGGAAAGGUAGAUGUUUGGGCAUUAGGUGUAUCUGCAAUUGAGAUGGCUGAGGGCAUGCCACCAAGAUCCACUGUGCAUCCAAUGAGAGUUAUCUUCAUGAUAUCUAGCGAGCCUGCACCAAUGCUGGAGGAUAAGGAGAAGUGGUCUCUCCUCUUCCAUGAUUUUAUUGCGAAGUGUCUAACAAAAGAUCCAAGACUUCGGCCUGCUGCAAGUGAGAUGCUGAAGCACAAAUUUAUUGAGAAGUGCAAUACUGGAGCUUCAAAAAUGUUGGCAAAGAUCAAGGAUGCCAAGAAGAUUAGAGCCACACUUGCUGCACAAAACCAGCUGGAUGGCCCUGACGAUACAAUGCUAGAUGCAACUGUUCGAAUAAAUGAAGACUUUGGGGAAACUGUUCCUGCGAACUCUCAGCAACACAUGAAACACACAACAUAUAAUGAUGGUCAGGCAGGUGAUUUCGGUACAAUGAUAGUUCAUUCUGAAGAUGGCGACGAAGUGGCAGAAUCACCCAUUUUCCCAAGAGCGGAGUUCAUUCCAGGCCUGGGUAGCAUCAGUUCUUUCACACAUGAUCCAAAGAGAGCUGAACUCAUUUCAAAGUUUUGGGCGGAGAAUGCAGCUGAUAGUGAUGCCAAUAAAGAUCGGGAUCUAGAUGAUCAUCUUGACAUGCAGGAACCAAAAGUAAUCACAACUUCAACUGGAACCGUGAAGAAGCAUAUGAGUGCAGAGGGGACUAUGCGACGUCAUGAUAGUCAAAUUGGCCUAUCACCAGGUUUUGCCAACACAACGACUAAGUUAAAUAGCAGCCCAAGCCGUAAAGCAUUUUCCGUUCAGGAUAAGCUCUGGUCAAUAUAUGCUGCCGGCAACACUGUUCCUAUACCAUUUCUCAAGGCGAUUGACAUUUCACCACUAGCUCUAGUGUCAGAAAAUGAAGCAGGAAAUGGUCUGGCUGGGUCAAGUACAAAUGAUGCCUUGGAGGCAGUUAAGGAGCUGUUCAGUGGUGAUGGGCAGGCAAAGAAAGGACGCAAAGGGCAAAAUGAAGUCUCUCUCCCCCCUGGUGUGCAUCACAGAUUAACGACAUGCCCCACAUUGAUGAAUCUGGCCCAAGCUCUAGCUUACCAUAAGACCUGCUACGAGGACAUGCCUCUACAAGAUUCACAAGCAACACAAGAGCAGCAGACGAUACAAAAUCUUUGUGAUACACUUCGAACCAUACUGAGGUUGUAGACAUGCAUGAGUAAAUGCUACAAUCUUGGGAGUUCUGAAGCGCGGCUCGGAGCCAAGGGUGAAUAUGGCUUCCCAUGGUGGACAAUGACCUGCUCGGGGUGGAGGACCAGGAUCGAAAGCAGGCAGGAGGAAUGGUGCGAACCGCGGGUAACGCGGAUGGAGCCUCCGUUGAAUUUUGUGGUGCUUGGUGACUGGAAGCUGUGAAUUCUCUUCUGGAAAAUAGAAAUUUUUGUCGCGUGUUAAUAGCCUCUAGGUGUUUCAGUGGUCGGUGUAUGUAGAGACCGUGCAUCGAUUUUGGCUAAUCAAAUUUUGCGGUGCCGAUCUGUACUUUGGUUCUGGGACUUCGACAAGGCAACUGUCAUCCAUCCAAAUAAAUAGAUCUACUAAUUGAUAGGUCGAAAUAAACAGUAGUUCUAUGUUUGAAA